AUGUAUGUCGCGCCAUUGAUUGGCUUUGUACUUGGAAGUCUGCAGCCCAAUCUCAAAGGGACAAAUACUUGCAGGGGUUCUCCGCCGAUAUUUGCCCAUCAUGGCCGACUCUCAAUCGCAACCUCCUCAACCCACCCCCCGAACGGAUCACAUGAGCAUCCUCCGUCUCAAGAAGAUAACAUCAAAACCGAGCCUGAUCUGGAUGCUUCCAUCGACAAGGACAUCGAGAUGAAUACCGAGAACCAGAACGGUGCGAACGCGAACGCCGGCGCGCCUGGGCAAGACCCCAUGGCCCCCGCGCCUGAACCCUCCAAGAAGGAAACAAGCUUGCGCGAGUUCCUCAGCAAAAUGGAUGACUAUGCACCCAUUGUGAGUAACCUUAAAAAUCUCUCCGAGUUUGCCCUCAUCCUCCGAAUCAAAAACCAGAAGCUAAUCUUCAACCUCCAGAUCCCCGAUGCAGUCACCGCUCACUACCUCACUCUCGCCGGCCUCCCACCCCCAGGCACAGGCCCCGGCCAAACCCCACCUCACCUGGCACGCCUGCUCGCGCUCGCAGCGCAGAAGUUCGUCUCCGACAUCGCCGCAGACUCGUACCAGUUUGCCCGUAUCCGCGCCUCUAACAGCUCCUCCGCCAACAACCCCAUCGGCAGUCUAGCGGCCGCAUCUGGGCUCGGUGCUCCGGCCGGCGCAGGCGGUGCGCCAGCUCCCGGUGACGGCACAAAGGGCGGCAAAGCGAACACCCACCUCGGCAUCCAGCGACCUGGGUUUGGAGGCGGUGGUUCCGGCGGCGCAGGUCAGGGCCGUACUGUAUUGACGAUGGAGGAUUUGGGCAUGGCGGUUUCGGAAUAUGGAGUCAGCGUGAAGCGAGGCGAGUUCUACAGGUAG